UCCGCAAAAUCUAAUCGUCUUCUUCAAGAAAAUUCUGCCAAACCUGUCGGAUUAAACCCGAAUUCAAACCCUAACCAAACCCAGACAUCCAUCUUUCACAAACAAUCCCUCUCUCUCUCUUCCUGGGAUCAUCAUCCAAUCAUCUAUACUCAGUAAUCGUCUUGCGCACUUGUGAUUCAUCAUCAUCAUCAUCCAUGUCUGCUCUUCCCUAUUCACACUCCCUCACUUUCUGUGGAGUCCUAUCUGAAUCGAAGCGCAUAAUCAACGCCCACUCCCGCCAUUUCUUAGCGCUCUCUGUUUUCUUUCUCUUGCCCUUAUCCUUCUCGCUGAUCAUCUUCCCUACUCUCCACGCCGCGUUCUCUCACCCAAACCCUAUCAUCUUCUACACCAGCAGGUUUAUCCGGUUCGACCCGACCCUGCCGGAUGAUGAUGAUGAUGAGGGGGAUUUGAAAUUCUUCGUGUUUCAUCUCGUGUAUGGUCUGUUUGUGUUCCUGGCUAGCCUGUUUGGGGUGUCCACGAUCUCCUACAGCACCUUCCAUGGGUUCUAUGGCAGACCCGUGAAGCUGGUUUCGUCUUUCAAGUCGGUAUUGUACUCUUUCUUGCCCAUGGUUGCGACUGUGGUAGUCGCAAAAGUCCUCCUUUGUUUAAUUGCUAUGGCUUUCGGGCUCUCUGCGGGCCUAUUGUUGAAAGGGCUUGAUAUGGUGGGAGUUGAGGUGGAUUACGACUCGGUUUACUUCAUGGUUCUGGCGAUUAUCUUUGCGGUGGUGGUCGGGCUUGUGAUGCUGUGGGUGCAGGUUAACUGGGUGUUGGCGCCCGUGGUUGUGGUGGUUGAGUCGAGAUGGGGGUAUGGGCCCUUGAGGAGAAGUGCUGAAUUGGUGAAGGGGAUGAGAGGGGUAGCAUUGUCAAUAUUGCUGUUUUUCAGCCUUUUGAUUGGCUGCCUGGUGGGCGGUUGCUCCACCUUCUUGCUCCAUGUAGGCGUGGCUGGUGGGUGGUGGAGCUGGGCAGUCAUAUUGCAGAUGGUGAUCAGCUCGGGUUUCGCGACUGUACUGUUGCUUCAGAGCGUUGCUGCGGGUGUGGUGCUGUAUAUGUACUGCAAGGCAUUGCACGGGGAGCUUGCAUUCGAGAUUGCAGAGGAGUUUGCACAGGACUAUGUGAGCUUGCCUUUUGACAAGGAGAAGGUUCCUCAUGUUGUUUAUGUUGUCUGAGGUUAACGAGAGCACCCCCGAGGUUAGUAUGUUUUCCGUAAAAGUGUCAAGUUUGCAUUGUAGUUUUCAUAAUGGACAUAGCCUUUGCUUAGUCUUCUAAAGAUUUGCAAGUUUUUAUGUAUGUAUAUUUAGUCUUAUGUGAAAGAUAUAUUGAAAUGCAGUAUUUGUAUAAACUCUUUGCAAAUGA